AUGUCCUAUCUCCUUGGUAACACGGUCUGUAUGAAUAGUCUGGCAGCAGAUGUCAGAGACUUACAACAGGUCAUCGUUGAUGUUGUUUCUAGGGUGGGGCCAGUUCCGGCCAAGUCUUGGAAAUUUCCGGAUAAAAAAGCUGGUGAUCUUGACAUUGAUGAUCUACUUGACCUAUAUAAUGUAAAUGAUGAUGAUGAUUCUGAUGAUCCUGAAAUAAAGCAGGUCGGCCAUAUUGCCUUGUAUGAACUAGUUAUAGACAGGCUAAUUUUCAUGGUUCAAGCCAUGUCAGCCUUCUGUAAAGUUCACUGGACAGCUGGACAGCAGAUGACCACACAGACUGCUAAUACUGAACCAAAAGUUGGAGGAUCUGUUGGCCUGAUUGUCAGGGAUUACUGGGCACAGCUGUCAAAGCUUCAAACAUUGUAUCAACAAAUACUUUCAGAGAAUAAAGUAAAAAGCAUGAAGAUAAAGGAAGUUGAAGAAGAACUGAGUAAAUAUUCUGCACAGGAUACCAAAGAAAGUGAUCUGACUGCCUCAGAUUCCAAGAGUUCUCCAUCAUUUACACAAACAGACAUGCCAGGUACCCGAGGACUAGUUCCACCAAAUAAUGCUGGACUUGCCCUAGCAGGAAAAACUGCCAGUGCUGGCCUGAGCUCACUGUCUUCCAUUUCACGAGACACUAACAAUAAGUCUUGUCAGACAUUUGAGACAGCCUUUGUGCCGUGUGAUUCAUGUGACGUAAUUCAGAGAAAGUUACGGGAAUCAGGGGAAGUAAUUAUCAAAGUGUGUACAGAUCAGGGCUUACCUUGUUCGUUAAGAAAGUUCCGGAAUGAAGUGAGCCAUGUAGACAUGCUGUCUUUCAAUGAUAUUUGUAGGUGGAUGGUGGAGCAAAACAAGGAUAUCGUACGGAUAGGAAAACAGAAUGAAAUCCUGCAGGCAUCCAUUGAUCCGCUGAGAGCAGACGUGAAAGUGUUUGAGCAGAGAACUAAAGUUGCAGAAGAGAAGGCACAGACUUUUGAAAAGAACAUGAAGGAGGAAGUUGAUACGAGAGUACAUUUACGCAAACAGUAUGAGGGCAAGCUGAAGGAGCAGGAGCAGCACUACAAAGAGCUGAUUGAAGAAGAAGAACGCCAGAAGCGUGAACUGAAGAAAAACAAGGAAAGUUUGGAGGCGGAAAUCAUUCAAGUGAAGCUGGAGUUGGAGAAACACAGAGAAAUACUCAAGGAUUUAGAGACUAACUAUAAAACAAUGGAGCAUGAACUGGAAGAGAAGAGGCAAGAUGAAGAGAGAGCAGUAGCAUCAGCUAAAGAAAUAGCAGAUUUGAAGUCCAAGCUGGCAGAUGUGACAGCAACUUUGGAUAGCCAUUCUAAAACGCUGGCCAGGGAACAAGGAAAAAGCCGGAGUGCUAGCAAGCACAAUGAGGUGGUAAUAAAAAAUCUGGAGCUAGAAAAGUUGAAAAUGCAGAAGUCAAUGCAGGAAACUGAGAAAGUUAUCCAAUCUUUUGAGGCAGAGUUAAAAGAAGCCAAAGAAAGGGAGAGAAUGAUAGUGGAAUAUCCUGACCUCAAUGGACCUGUCAAUCCUGACCUGCUUGGUACUGGCGAUGUGGCUGUGGACAUGCAGAACCAAGUGAAGGCCAACACAAUCAGGAUUAGGCUCCUGGAGGAGCAGAACCAGUCAUUGUCACAGUCUAUCCAGAAACUCUCUGCACUGAGGUCUGGUUCAGCAACAAAGAGCUCUGUAAAACUGGUCCCCUUAUGGCAGAAUAAUUCCAGUUUAUUGAACAGCCAAAGGAAUAAUAACUCGAACUUUCAAGAUGUCAUCGCAGAGAAAUCAGAUCACCUGUCCCACGGUAAACCCAAACAGUACGCCUGGACACAUACAAAGACAGAGGAUGAUUCCCAGAAGGCUUUUCCUGGGUCCGCACAGCAUCAGGAGUUCCUCAUCAGUCGUGGGAACACACCCCAGAAACUUGUACAAAAUGAAGAUAGAUCCUCAAAACGGGGGAGACCAUCCUCAGCAAAAAUGAGCACAGUUAUGGCCCCUGUGAAUGCCACGCCUAUUGGUGCCUACGUCCAGAUGAGAAAAGCUUUUGGGCAAGGCUUGGGAAAAGAUAAUAACACCAAAGGCCGACAAGUAUCAGGUACAAAUCACAGAGACAAGCUCUCUCAGAGAACUGGUGCUGAGCCAAGGCACAUCAAAACUAAUGGCAGCACUACUUCAGCUUUAUGCCCUCGAUGUGAUCAAAUGUACUUGAAUUCACAAGAACUGGAAAUUCAUUUGACAUAUUGUAGCCGGUAA